GCAGACGGGAAGUUGCGGCUGCCAGCGAGGCGGACUGGUCGGGUGGAGGCCACACGCCACCCCGAGGCUGCGUAGGCCGUGCGGAGGGAGACGCCGCUCCGUGGGCCUGGGGUCGGGAGCCGCAGCCCGGGAAGCACCGGACGGACCGAGGAUUUGUGGGUGGAAGGCAGGCAUGGUCAGACCCAUUUCACUGACUGGAAAACAGAGACAGGACGUGUCUCCCUCCACGUCUUUCGGCCAGUAAAAGCAGCCAAGCUGGAGCCCAAAGCCAGGUGUCCUGACUCCCAGCGGGGGGCUCCCUGCACCAACCAUGAGCCGCCUGCUCUGGAAGAGGGUGGCCGGCGCCACCACCGUCGGGCCAGGGCCAGUUCCAGCUCCGGGGCGCUGGGUCUCCAGCUCCGGCCCCGCCCCCGUCCCCAGCGACGGGCAGCCGCCGUCGCCGCCGCAGCAAGUGCCAUCCUCGGAGGGCGGGCAGCUGCGGCACAACCCAUUGCACAUCCAGAUGCUCUCGAGAGGGCUUCACGAGCAAAUCUUCGGGCGCGGCGGGGAGACGCCCGGCGAGGCCGCGGUGCGCCGCAGCGUCGAGCACCUGCAGCGGCACGGGCUCUGGGGGCAGCCGUCCACGCCCUUGCCGGACGUGGAGCUGCGCCUGCCGCCGCUCUACGGGGGCGGCCUGGACCAGCACUUCCGCCUCCUGGCCCAGAAGCAGAGCCUGCCCUACCUGGAGGCGGCCAACUCGUUAUUGCAGGCCCAGCUGCCCCCCCAGCCCCCGAGCUGGGCCUGGGCGGAGGGCUGGACCCGGUACGGCCCCGCGGGGGAGGCCGUACCCGUGGCCAUCCCCGAGGAGCGGGCCCUGGUGUUCGACGUGGAGGUCUGCUUGGCAGAGGGAACUUGCCCCACGUUGGCGGUGGCCAUAUCCCCCUCGGCCUGGUAUUCUUGGUGCAGCCGGCGGCUGGUGGAAGAGCGUUACUCUUGGACCAGCCAGCUGUCGCCGGCUGACCUCAUUCCUCUGGAGGUCCCUGCCAGUGCUGGCGGCCCCACCCGGCGCGGCUGGCAGGAGCAGUUAGUGGUGGGGCACAACGUGUGCUUUGAUCGAGCCCAUAUCAGGGAGCAGUACCUGAUCCAGGGCUCCCGCAUGCGCUUCCUGGACACCAUGAGCAUGCACAUGGCCAUCUCGGGGCUCAGCGGGUUCCAGCGCAGUCUGUGGAUGGCAGCCAAGCAGGGCAAGCGCAAGGUCCAACAGCCCACGCAGCGAGGCCAGAAGGCCCCCCGCAAAGCCGGUGGCCCAGCGAUCUCGUCCUGGGACUGGCUGGACAUCAGCAGUAUCAAUAAUCUGGCAGACGUGCAUGGCCUCUAUGUGGGGGGGCCCCCCUUACAGAAGGAGCCUCGAGAGCUGUUUGUUAAGGGUAGCAUGAAGGACAUCCGUGAGAACUUCCAGGACCUGAUGCAGUACUGUGCCCAGGACGUGUGGGCCACCUAUGAGGUUUUCCAGCAGCAGCUACCGCUCUUCUUGGAGAGGUGCCCCCACCCAGUGACUCUGGCUGGCAUGCUGGAGAUGGGGGUCUCCUACCUGCCCGUGAACCACAACUGGGAGCGGUACCUGGCAGAGGCGCAGAGCACGUACGAGGAGCUCCAGCGGGAGAUGAAGAAGUCACUGAUGGACCUGGCCAACGACGCCUGCCGGCUGCUCUCAGGACAGAGGUACAAGGAAGACCCCUGGCUCUGGGACCUGGAGUGGAACCUGCAAGAGUUUAAGCAGAAGAAGGCAAAGAAGGUGAAGAGGAAGGAGCCAACUACCGCCAGCAAGUUGCCCAUCGAGGGGGCUGGGGCCCCUGGGGAGCCCAAGGAUCAGGAAGACCCCGGCCCCCCCAGUGAGGAGGAGGAGGUUCAGCGAGAUGGCAUGGCUCGUGCCUGCUUGGAGCGCUUGAAGGGGACUGCAGAGGUCUUGCCCAAGCGGCCCCAGCACCUUCCUGGACACCCUGGGUGGUACCGGAAGCUUUGUCCCCGGCUAGAUGACCCCGCGUGGACCCCGGGCCCCAGCCUCCUCAGCCUGCAGAUGCGGGUCACUCCAAAACUCAUGGCGAUGACCUGGGAUGGCUUCCCUCUGCACUGCUCGGAGCGGCAUGGCUGGGGGUACCUGGUGCCUGGGCGGCGGGACAACCUGGCCCAGGCGCCCGUGGAAACCGCCCCGGCCUCAGCUGGGGUGGCCUGCCCCUACAGAGCCAUCGAGUCCCUGUACAGGAAGCACUGUCUUGAACAGGGGAAGCAGCAGCCGGAGCCCCAGCAGGCAGGCCUGGCGGAGGAGUUCCUGCUCGCUGACGGCGGCGCCAUGUGGCAGACGGUGGAAGAACUGGGCUGCCUGGAAGCAGAGGCAGAGGCAGAAGCGGAGGUGGAGGCCAGGACAGAGCGCUGCGGAGAGGCUGUCCCCAGUCAGCCCCCGGCUCUGACUGCCGCUGGUGGCCCCAAAGCCAGCCAGCCAGCCUAUCACCAUGGCAAUGGACCUUACAACGACGUGGAUGUCCCCGGCUGCUGGUUCUUCAAGCUGCCUCACAAGGAUGGUAGUAGCUGCAACGUGGGCAGCCCCUUUGCCAAGGACUUCUUGCCCAAAAUGGAGGAUGGCACCCUGCAGGCCGGCCCAGGAGGUGCCAGCGGGCCCCGUGCCUUGGAAAUCAACAAAAUGAUUUCUUUCUGGAGGAAUGCCCAUAAACGAAUCAGUUCCCAGAUGGUGGUGUGGCUGCCCAGGUCAGCUCUGCCCCGUGCUGUGACCAGGCAUCCCGACUACGAUGAGGAAGGUCGCUAUGGGGCCAUCUUGCCUCAGGUGGUGACUGCUGGCACCAUCACGCGCCGGGCUGUGGAGCCCACGUGGCUCACUGCCAGCAACGCCCGGCCUGACCGAGUAGGCAGUGAGUUGAAGGCCAUGGUGCAGGCCCCACCUGGUUACGUGCUUGUGGGCGCCGACGUGGACUCGCAGGAGCUGUGGAUCGCCGCUGUGCUCGGAGAUGCCCACUUCGCAGGCAUGCACGGCUGCACGGCCUUCGGCUGGAUGACGCUGCAGGGCAGGAAGAGCAGGGGCACUGACCUGCACAGUAAGACCGCGGCGACCGUGGGCAUCAGCCGGGAGCACGCCAAGAUCUUCAACUACGGCCGCAUCUACGGGGCGGGGCAGCCCUUCGCCGAGCGCCUGCUGAUGCAGUUCAACCACCGGCUCACCCGGCAGGAGGCAGCCGAGAAGGCCCAGCAGAUGUACGCGGUCACCAAGGGCCUUCGCCGGUACCGGCUGUCGGACGAGGGCGAGUGGCUCGUGAGGGAGUUGGACCUCCCUGUGGACAGGACUGAAGACGGCUGGGUUUCCCUGCAGGACCUGCGCAAGAUCCAGAGAGAAGCCUCGAAGAAGUCACGCUGGAAGAAGUGGGAGGUGGUUGCCGAGCGAGCGUGGACGGGGGGCACGGAGUCCGAAAUGUUCAAUAAGCUGGAGAGCAUUGCCUUGUCUGACACCCCGUGCACCCCAGUGCUGGGCUGCCGCAUCAGCCGGGCCCUGGAGCCCUCGGCUGUCCAGGGGGAGUUUAUGACCAGCCGCGUAAACUGGGUGGUGCAGAGCUCUGCCGUGGACUAUCUACACCUCAUGCUCGUGGCCAUGAGGUGGCUGUUUGAGGAGUUUGCCAUCGACGGGCGCUUCUGCAUCAGCAUCCAUGAUGAGGUCCGCUACCUGGUACGAGAGGAGGACCGCUACCGCGCGGCCCUGGCCCUACAGAUCACCAACCUCCUGACCAGGUGCAUGUUUGCCUACAAGCUGGGUCUCAAUGACCUGCCCCAGUCCGUCGCCUUUUUCAGCACAGUCGAUAUUGACCGGUGCCUCAGGAAGGAAGUGACCAUGGAUUGUAAAACCCCUUCCAAUCCAACUGGGAUGGAAAGGAGAUACGGGAUUCCCCAGGGUGAAGCGCUGGAUAUUUACCAGAUAAUUGAACUCACCAAAGGCUCCUUGGAACCGUGAAGCCGGCCAGGGCCGCAUCUCUGCCUGCAGACCCCGAAUUUGCUCCCGUGGAGUUCCAUCGGGGCGGCGCAGGCUCCCACGCUCAGGCUCGCGCUGUGCUGCUUGCAAAAGGGCUCGCGGGAGGCCAGCCCUCGCCAGCAGCAGGAGCCACCAAGACAGCCUGCCUCCGAGGGAAGGUGCGGCGGAGUCCAGUGGGUUCAGAGCCAAGAUGCUACCAGUGGUGCAGGCUGUAGGACACGGGGCACUGUUGCUCGUUGGGUAAAAAGAAAGCAGAAGCCCCAAAGUUCACAUUAACUCAGGCAUUUCAUUUCUUUUCUCCUUUUCUUCUUGGCUGGUUCUUUGUUCUGUCCCUCGUGCUCUGAUGCAGUGCCCUAGCGGGAGAGAAGUAAUGCUCAAAUGUGAUAAGCCUGCUCAGAGGCCGUGGAAAUAAAAACAAAAAUCCUUUAUCUUCUCA